CUUUUCAGAAACCGGUUGCAGAAGGAUGUGUUCCUCCAGAGAACCUAGGUUUACCUGAGAUCCAGGAACCACCGAUCCCACCACAGAAGGUCAACGUCCCUUUCUUCCUCAAAGGACUUCCUCCAAGAUGGCAGAAUUGGUGUAUCCGUGGAGGAGUCACCUUUGCUCUGGUGUUUGGGUAUAUACUCAUCAUCUAUGCUGGACCAGUGGGAUUAACAGGAUUGAUCCUCCUGAUCGAAGUGAUGUGCUUCAAGGAGAUCAUCAGCAUCGGUCACGCCGUCUACCGCACACAGAACUUGCCAUGGUUUAGAACACUCAGUUGGUACUUCCUUGCCUGUGCUAACUACUUUGUCUACGGACAAAGCCUCAAGGAUUAUUUCGGCAUUGUACUAAGAAGAGAAUUGAAUGUCUUGCAGCCCUUUAUUGACUACUACAGGUUCAUCUCAUUCUGGUUGUAUGUAAUUGGUUUUAUGAUGUUUGUCCUAUCUCUCCAGAAGAAACAAUACCUUGUGCAAUUUACUCUGUUUGGUUGGACCCACAUAGCCCUCCUGAUUGUGGUCACCCAGUCCAAUCUUAUCGUCCAGACAUUGUUUGAUGGUAUGAUAUGGUUCUUGCUCUCAACCACAUGUGUCAUCUGCAAUGAUAUCAUGGCCUACAUGUUUGGUUUCUUUUUUGGGAGGACAUCACUAAUCAAGCUUUCACCUAAGAAGACCUGGGAAGGUUUUAUUGGUGCUCUCUUCUCCACCGUAAUCUACAGUCUAUUCUUUACAAGACUUCUCGCACAGUUUCAGUUCUUCACCUGCCCAGCAGAGUAUGAUGAAGAGAGCAUGGUGUUCAUCAUGGAAUGCGAGCCGAGUUCAACGUAUCAAGUCAGAGAAUACAUCCUACCUAGAUUCGUGCAGACUCUCUUGGGAUUUGUUGGUUUAUACUGGGAAACCUUAAACCUGAUGCCAGCUCAGAUCCAUGCUCUUGUCAUCGCUCUCUUCGCAUCCCUAGUCAGUCCGUUCGGAGGUUUCUUUGCCAGUGGGUUCAAGAGAGCUUUCAAAAUCAAGGAUUUUGGUGAUGUAUUUCCUGGCCAUGGCGGUAUCAUGGACAGGUUUGACUGUCAGUUCCUAAUGGCUUCAUUCCUCUAUGUAUACAUCCAAACUUUCCUCAAAACUGCUAACCCAACGAAGCUCGCGCAGCAAAUCCUAAACCUCUCCCAGGAGCAACAACUUUACGUUUUCAACCAGCUGAAAGAAAAUCUCAUCAAAACAGGAGCGAUAGAGGCUUGAAUCCCCAACUCUCCAUGACGAGACAACAGAGGGCUCCCUAGUCAGUGGCGGAGGGAGUAUGUAUAUCAGGGACAAGGCUGUCAAUAGAUACAGGGAGGAUAGGUCAGAGUGAGGUUGAUAUUUGAGUGACUAUUAGUUUAUUGUCUGUGUCUUGCACAAAAAGAAUUCCUAGCUGCACUGCUCACUAUCUAACAAAAUGUGCAUAAUCUCUUGUACUAUAAAUAUAACCCCAAUACUUCAGCUUUGCAAUCAACUUGAUGGUGGUAUGGUGAUACCACUGUUAUGCCAAUGUUCCCAUACACAUUUAAAGGAAAGGUAGACAACAAUGACAGAAUUGUAGCGCAAUUUAUCCUGAGAAAUAGGGGAAUGGAGGAAAUCAUUGUCAGAAGGUUGAAAAGCGGUUCUGAGUUGAAAUUUAUUUUAAUGCUCAAUUUCACAAUGGUCAGUAUUGAUUGUAUUCACAAGGGUUGGUUCACUUUCAUUGGUUGGUAGCAUAUUUGGUGCAUUGUGUUGGUUGAAGAUGUCAACUUAUGAGAUAAAAACAGCUCAGCAGGGCUUGCCAAAGAGGGUGGUGUUCAAGGCCUAAUUGGUGAUUUUGCUAGAGAAAAUCUUGAUGUUGCAAAUUAUUAGAAUGACCAUCACAAUUUCAAAAUGAAAGCUUCACAGUAUUUUUCUAAUGUAAGUUAUAUCAGAAAAAUACUGUGAAGCUUUGAUAAGAGAGUUGUAUAUGCACCAAGACUAUCCUAUUACUCAUAAAUCUAUGACAGGAAAAUCGCUUUGUACUAAGAGCUUGAGGUUCAGUUCUCCUUUAAAACUCUACUUACUGACAUAGCGCCAACCUCUUCCUCUAUUAGAAGUCUCUCAGCAUCCCACAGCAGUGCAUUAUCUUUAUCCUGUCGUUAGUACAGAAGCCUUGCAUAUUAACUGGGUCCCUUUAUCAUAAAAGCUCAGUGUUUGAUUGUGGGUCUUAUAUUUAUUAUUGAUUGUACACAAUAGUCAAUGUAAUCAAUCGUAGAAAUUGGCUCUGCAAUCAAUUACUCAGCUUUUUAGUACGGGGCCCAGGUGGGUGUUUCAUAAAGCUGUUCGUAAGAUAUGAAUGACUUUACGCACGACUGGUGAUCCUUUCUUGUGUUAUCCCUGUAUAAUUGAUAUUAUGAACUGAGAACAUGUUACAGUGGUGCGUAACUUUAUGAACAGUUUAUGAAACGCCCACCAGGGCUCCGUAACACAAAGAUUAGCGAUCAAUCGCUAAAUCAACUGACUAAUCAAGAUCAAUGUUAAGCACGUAUUUGGUUCAAAUUACUGACCAGGAACCAAUCAAAUGUCAGCCCUGGUCCCCAUUUCAAGGCACGAUAGCUUAGUCGGUAAAAAGGGGGGUGUUUUGUGUUCCGGUGACCGGGAUCGAUACCCACUUGGUGUGCUAGUGCCCUUUAGUAAGGCAUUUAAAUCCUCAUUUCCAGGUCCCUCAGAGAGGAACUUAGGCCAUUGGUCCUCUGGUUGCUUGGUGACAAGCAUUCAUGUAAAAAAAAAAAUCACCAUCACCACUUAUACCUCAUCUGGGAUGUGGAAUAUUGAAUGUACUAUGAUGCUAUUAGUGAUAGAAGUCCCCAGUUAUCUGCGAUACGGAAAACAAACUCAAAUUUAUCUGUCAAAAAUCAAAUCCUGGAAGAACACAGAAUCUCAUGGAUCUCAUGGAAAAUGUGAUGAAUUUUGAGGGCAGAAAUAUUGAUUAAUUACAUUUUUAACCUACAUGUAAAUAAAGCAAAAACAACAUACAGUAAAUCAUAAUCAAAGAAAAAUCCAGUAAGAUGAUAUUUUUCUUCUGCAGUUGAUAUAAAUAAAUUUAUUUGCACUGAUUAGGAUGGGCCCACGAAGUCGCAUUGCAUCUCAGCAAAUAUGUACCAUUUCAACAAGUUUUGGUAUCAAAAGUUACAUUUCAUAUGGUUUCUACAUGCUGUCAAAGAAAAAAGAAUUUGAUUGUAAGAACACAAGAAUGCAGAAUUUGCUGAAAGAGUUGAAUAAGUAGAAAACUGGGGACCUAAUAGAAAAAAAAAUGCUGAACAAUAAAGCCCAAAGAUUUUUGUAUGUGAAUAUUAGAAAGACCAUAUUGUCUUUAUGUUGUUCUUCGUGUUGUAUAUGUCAAGCGUGCAACUAUUAGUAAUUUGCAGUAUUAAUGAAGUCAGUGAAAAAUAUCUGAUAAGUGCAUGCAUUUCAGUAAGAGAAUAUAAAAUGGUGGAUUACAUGUAUAUUAAGGCCAGCGCAAACUAUGCGAUCUGAUAUGAUGCGAUUUCUUAAUGAAUUGCCUUUUGCACUGAAUAUGAAAGUUCCAACAAGAAAAAUUACUUUAUUUGAAGUUUGGCAUAAUGUUAGGUAAAAUAAAAUCAUAAUUUUGCUUUGUGGCAAGCCCUGUUGUCAGAGUAAUUUCCCAAUCGGCUUCAAGUCACAGCCGAUGAUGAUGUCAUUACGAUUUUGAUUUAAUUUGCUUUUAUUCGUACAGGGAGGCUUGAACUUGACUGAAAUUUGAUUUCAGUAGUCCUACCACUAUUCUUAUCUCUGAUCGCUAAGUUUUUAUUGAAUUGAAUGUUCAUAUCAAAUGUUAUUAUAAUUUCUUUGAAAAUCAGAUUGCAAUGAAUCGCAUAGUGUGCACCAGUUUUUAAGGAUUGUAAAUUGAUUUUAUUUGUGAUUAUAUGGAGAAUUCAAUAAGGAAAUUCAGAUACUAAUAGUUUUGAAAGAAAUUAAUAUCACCAAAAUAAGUCCAUGAAUUCUUUAGAUUCUUUUUUUUUACCAUUUAAGUCAACUUACACAAUAAAGAACAGGAGUCAGUAAUGCUCUCUUGUACAUUAUUUGAAAAGUUCUGCUGUUCCUGAAAAAUUAGAAAAUGUUUCUUUGUUGAUCUUUAAAUUUUGAACAGGUAUGUAAGAUUUAAAGUUUUACGGAAAAUGUUCAUAGGGAUUGAAUCAUGAUUAUUUAGUUUUUAAGAAUCUAGAAUAAUGAUUUAUUGAGAAAUAUGGAGUUUGGUAAUUAAUGAAAUAUUUGAUGCAUACUUGCUGUCGUAGGAAUGGUUUAUAAAAUGAAUGAAUAUGUAUGUAUAGGAUAAUAUUUAUUUAUUGUUUGCACUGUUUUAUAUUGAUGUUCUAGGGUCUUGUUGUGAGAAGAAUCAUUGUGUUGACUAAAUGUAAGAUACAUUGUAAGAUUAACUUUUUUUGGUCUUACUGAAUAAAUUGGUUUAUUAGAUAAUUAAAAAGGCUUUAUCAAUCACGGAAGAAAAGCUAAUAUGUGCUGCAAAACUUUUCUUUUAAAAUUCAGUUUUUGGUAUUCACAUGGUCAAAUCUUGCAGGUAAUAAGCAUAUUUUACAUAUUAUUUCUUUAUGCUCUACUUAUUUGUCCCAAACCAAAACAUCACUUGGAAAAGUCACAGUUAGAAGUGCUGGAGAAUUGGUAAAAAGUUGUCAAAAGUUUGAAGCAUUGAUGUACAUGUACUUUUGACUGGUAAUGGAAGAAAGAAACUCAAAAACUCAUAUAGAUGUUGUCUUUGUGAAAAAUUAGUAGAGAAAAACGAGGUGUGAUGCUGGCGUCAUAUGUUUAUCUAUUGAAGAAAUAUUUAUGUACAAAGUUAAAUUCAUCUUGAAAAUGAUAUUCAAGUGUUUGUAUGAAUUUCAGAAAAUAUGUUGCAUUGUUAUUCUUGUGACUCUUAAAUAUUUUGAUCCAAUUCUUAGGUAAACCUGAACACGAUGGCAGAGCUUUUCUUUAAUUUUGAUUUUUCUUUAUAAAUCUUUUUUAGUUUUAGGAAAGAAUUUUUUAUAAGUUUUAGAUUUUACGCAUAUUUUUUCAUUUCUAUUUUUGUACAUGCUAACUCAAUUAAUCGUAAUAUUGCCAAAUCUGUUUCUACCUUUGGAUAAAUCAUGUCCACUUUAAUAAAGUUUAAGUGAUAAGUAAUGGUGACAAAGGUUUGUACUAGACUCCAAAUUUCUUACUUCAAGCAAUGUAUUUUCUCAUCCUCUGCUACAUGUACGAACAAGCACUAACCAAGUAACUGCCUAUUGCAGUCAAUUUUGCAUCCCCCAAUCUACCAGGGUUUCAUCUUACAAAGAGUUACGAUUGAUCCGAUCAACCUCAAGUAUAUAGAAAUCCAUCGAUGUCAUAAAUUUUUCUUUAGGAAAUUUGCACAAUGUCCUUUAAAAACAAAGAGAAGCACACUGAGUUGUCAAGAAAACAGUGAAUGUAUGAAUGUACAUGUACAUUGUAUCUAUAAAGUACUUUGAUCAAACUUGUACUUUUGAUGUUGACAUUGCUGGCUUUCCAUACAUGUAGUUGUGAUUGGUUGGAUCAAUCAUAACUCUAUGGAAAUCCAUCAGUGCUAUAACUUUUUUCUACAGGAAAUUUGCACAGUGUUCUUUGUAAACAAAAGGAAACGCAGUGAAUUUUCAAGAAAACAAUGAAUGCAUGAAUAUACAUGUACAUCAUAGAAAGUAUUUUGAACAAACAUGAAUAAUACAUGUACAUGUUGAUGUUGCUGGCCUUCCAUAGUUGCGAUUGAUGGGAUCAAUCGCGACUCUUUGAUAGACGGGCCCAUAACUCUUUGCAAUGAAUUCAAUAAAAGAAAUAAAUUGAUUGCAGGAUAGCAUUUUGCAACUGAUAUCAUUAAUAGUUGUAGUAUAAUUGAUCCAUAAAUAGUAAAUUUCAAUUUGUAAGUAAUAUUUCAUGAAUGCAAAUGAUCAUCUUGCAUUCCCUCCUGAGACCCAGCGAUUGUGCAUGUCCUCAUUUGAAGGGUAUUUUAAAAAAAAUCUUUUUAACAUUUGUAUCAUAUGAUAGGAAGGAGUAUGUAUAUAAUGAGCAAAGUUGGGCCAGUAUUAACUAUUUUUAAAGACAUUGUAGAGGUUAACACCUUUUAGCAUGUUAUUUCCAUAUUGCUGUUCAUGUGAGUAGAAUAUAUAAUCCAUUCCUUUGAUAGCCUUAUGAAGAGGGGAGGGAGGAGGGGAGGGGAGAGGAGGGGAGGGGGUGAGGUAAAUGUGGAUACCCAGUACCACUUCUUAUAAAUCCAGUCUUGAUCAUGUGAAAGUGAACAUGAUUAUGAUUAGAGACCUCUAAAAUAAUCACCCCUCCUUGUCGGCCUCUGCAAAUUUGGAGAUAUUGUGACCCCACCCCGAUCACAAAUAAUUUGUUACUCUUGUCAGAAUAUCUGUAAUUUUAAGUAUAUAUGACCUCUUCCCACUGUUCAUCAUUACAAAGAGAGAGUCCCAAGUAUACCAAGAUACUUAUCAUAUCUAGCAGCGGUUGUUUUCCUGUGGUUUUACCAAAAGCCACAAAGAAAUAGAAUUUAUAUUCCAUGAUCCUACCUUAAUCUUUCAUACUCUAAAGGAGCUGUGUAGAACGUAUUGUGUACUAAAAAAAUUAUAUCAUCAUUAAGGGAUGUGUGUCUCCACCAAUUUUAUCACAUCACUUUGUGGAAUAAAUAUCUGUCUUUCUGGUAUUUUGAUUGAUGCUAAUUCUUUUCUUUAUGUGAUAAAAUUGUUUACAUUUUUUUGCCCAAUUCACAUUGCUCCAAUAACUCAGGAACAAUGUGAAUCCUAUAUUAAACCUGUUUAGAUCUUUGUAGUGCAUCCAAUCUCUUUGUGUGUAUGCUGUGUUGGCUAGCAAGGGAUUUGUAGCAUAUAAAUGUGUGGUGUUUCUCAUACAGUCAAGGUCACCAUUUAACUUCUGAAAAUUUUCAAGAGUGAAUAAUGGCUGAUAUAGAUGUUAGGGUUUUAGUAUCUCAAAUGUCCUGGAUUGGUUGCAUAUAACUAAUAUCUAACAACUCAUGGUAUUUUUCUGAUACUCAUUUACAUAAGAGCCUUGAUUUUGAUUGGUUGUAGAGCCUUGUAACCAUGACAGCCUUGUAACCAUGACAGUUACAAUUAAUGGCAGAGUAACCAUUAAUAAUUUCAUACAACGCCCCCUUCCUCAUAUUUCAUUCUAGCAUUUGGUAUUUCUUAUCAUACUUUGUGAGUAGGUCUUGUUGAUCAGGAAAUGAUUGGUGAAUCACUAAAUCAUUUGUGAUUGCAAUCAGUUCAAUGAAAUCAUGACUUUUAUUUUAUUUAGUAAAAUAGCCAUAUUAAUUGGAUGGAUUGCAAUUAGUGCAUUUGAUCAGGCUUAAGUUAAUUUCGUGUCACCUGUUUAUUGGCUGAUGAUGUUAAGUUUCUUUAAUAUUUUAAUGUUCUGUUUUAAUGGUUCCCCAAGAUACAAUGAAAUAACAUUGAUAAUGGGUACUGAUUAUCAUUUUGCUUAUUUUUUUUAGUUGAUUAAACUUGUUUUAUGCCAACUGUAAUAUCAAGGGUAGUUGUCAAUAGUCAGAAAUUCUAGUACUUAAAUGUUUGUAACAUACAUGUAUGUACUAAAACUAUUUUAAACAUCCAUCCCUGGCAACAAUUCCAAAAAAUCAUCUGACUGGGCAUGGCCGUUCACCUACAGUUCAAGGGACAUUGCCUGCUGGCACAUAAUUCACAGGCCGCCAUCUCCCAGCCAAAAUGUAAAACUAAAACUGUAUUAAAACAAUUAAAAGAAUAUCCUUCCCCUCCCACCCCUGGCAACAAUCCAAACAAAUCAUCUGCACAAUACUAAAUGAAUAACAACACAUUCGAAACUUAAGCAUACUAGAAAGCAAAAACCUUGUUUCACUGUAAUUAAUAUAGAAAGCAAAGCCACUAUCCCCCUCCCACUAUGUGACACGUUUUUUGCACAUGCACAUUGUAAGUGAUAACGCUAACAUGUUUAAGUAUAAGUUACAGUAGAAGACCACCUUGUAUAUUUUCACUGUAGGGUAAAUAUGACUAAUUGAUAUGACUAAUUGAUCAUUAUUAUGGGAUGUCAUUCAUGUAGCAAUAUAGUGAAUAUAUUGUUGAUUUCCUAAUCAAUUUAUUGUGGUGUGUUUUGGUGUUUAUUUGCUGAAGUUAAAGACUUUCUCUUUAUAAAGCAUUUUGAAUUUCGAUGACGCAAUGUGAUAAUGGAGUUCGUGUAAAUUUAGACAUGAAAUGGUAGUUGUGCUCAUUUAAAGUUGUGCUGUCAGACAUGAUUUGGAAUUUCAGAUUUGCUGACCCAUGAUGAAAAAAAAAGUAUUCCUGGGACAUUUUUAGGUAUUUUUAUUAGUUCUAACGCAUGUGUUCAUUUUUUUAAUUACUACAAUAACAUAAUUUGUAAUGCAUACAUAUACUGUAUUGAUUCUGUUCAUGUGUCACAAAUUGCCAUCAUAAAUUCAUAGUUUGAAAUUGCUUGGUUAUUUUGUUCAUUGUGAAAACCUAUUUUCAUUCACGAAUUACGUUGUAUGCAUAAAUAGUUAAAUCUUAUAUUUAUAUACUGGUAUAGUUCAAAAUUUACUUUCCUCUUUGUUUUUUUUUUUAUGAUUACAUAAUUUAUUGCAUGUACAUGUAGAUGUAUAUGAUUUGUUUUUACAUUUUGUGAAAAAAAAUAGCAUUUGUGUUAAUUGGUGUAAUCUUAAAUGGAAAAUAGCAUAUUUAUUUGUAUUUUAGGAGAAAACAAGUUCUUUACAGGGAUCGGUUUCUGUGUUACAGUGUGCAAUGGUCAAUUUAGCCUAGCCAGAGAUUUGCAUUGUAUAAAGUUGUAUGAAAUGAAUAAAAAGAUAUUAUCUUAAAUGAAA